AUGCGGUCCUUCCUUCUCGCAUCAUUGGCUUCGUUGGCAACUCAGCAUGCCUAUGGGCAUCCCGCUCACGCUCCACGGACACUGAGCAGACGAGCUGUGGAUCUCAAUGCAUUCCGCCAGGUCCUUGAGACAGUGUACGCGAAUGCCACCAGUGCUCAGUCCGACCCAUCAAUUACAUCCUUCAACAAGCGAGCUGACCCUGUGGACACCGCCACCGAGUUGAUAAAGGCAACUAUCCCAGGUGCAACUUUCCGUCUCGUCGAUGAUCAUUAUGUGGGCAAUAACGGGAUUGCGCACUUCAACUUCAAGCAGACCGUCAAUGACUUGGACAUCGACAAUGCGGACUUCAAUGUCAACGUUGACCGUGACGGCAAAGUGUUCUCGUUCGGGAACUCGUUUUACCAAGGCAAAAUUCCAUCGGCGUUGAGGAGGCGAGAUACUGUCGAGCCUACUGAGGCCCUGAAGACCGCCGUGCGCACACUUCAGCUUCCUGCUUCUGCCGACAAGGCCAAGGCUGAGGAGACCGAAUCCAAUGUCUACACCAUGAAGGACACCACGGGUACCGUUUCGGAUCCGGAAGCUCGCCUGGUCUACGUGCAAACAGGUGACGGCCUCGCACUCAGCUGGAGGGUCGAGACCGAUGUCGAUGUUAACUGGCUUCUCACAUACGUCGAUGCCGAGGAUGGCGAGAGGAUCCACCAUGUCGUAGACUACGGUGCCGAUGCAACAUAUGAAGUCUACCCUUGGGGCCUCAAUGACCCUACGGAAGGAGAACGUGUCACCAUUACAGACCCUUUUAACAAGGUUGCUAGCGAAUUCGGGUGGCACAAUGACGGCUCGACAUCCUACGACACCACUUGGGGCAACAAUGGUGUUGCUCAGAGUAACUGGGAUGAUCGCACAGAUUACCUGAACCUCCCACGACCGCACGAGGCAGAUCUUGACUUUGAGUACCCGUACACCCCAGAGGAGAGCGAGUGGAAGAGCUACAUCAACGCAUCCAUCACCCAGCUCUUCUACACUGCGAAUACCUACCACGACCUGCUCUACCAGCUCGGCUUCACCGAAGCCGCCGGUAAUUUUGAGACCAACAACAAUGGUCAGGGUGGUGUAGGCAACGAUUUCGUCUACCUGAAUGCUCAAGAUGGCGCAGGGUUGAACAACGCCAACUUCCAGACUCCAGUUGACGGCCAGCGCGCAAGAAUGCGAAUGUACAUGUGGAACCGGACCGAGCCAUGGAGAGACGGUGCGUUCGAAGCCGGCGUCGUCAUCCACGAGUACACGCACGGCCUCAGCAACCGUCUGACGGGCGGUCCCAAGAACUCCGGCUGCCUCAGCGUCCUUGAAAGCGGCGGUAUGGGUGAAGGCUGGGGUGACUUCUACGCCACUGCCAUCCGUCUAAAACCCAACGACACGCGCGCAACUGACUACCCCAUGGGCGCUUGGGUUUACGGCACCUCCGCCGGUCUUCGACCAUACGUCUACUCGACGAACCAGACAACCAACCCGCACAUUUACAGCGACGCGGAUGCGCUGACCAAGGUGCACUACAUCGGUACCAUCUGGGCGACGAUGCUCUACGAAGUGCUCUGGAACCUGAUCGAGAAGUACGGCAAGAACGAUGGGCCCUCGCCCGAGUUCGACAGCAAUGGUGUGCCAACAGACGGAAAGUACCUCUUGCUGAAGUUGGUAUUGGACGGCAUGGCGCUGCAACCCUGCAACCCGAACUUCGUGACUGCACGAGAUGCCAUCCUAGAUGCGGAUCUGGCUUUGACCGGUGGCGCGAAUGCUUGCGAGAUCUGGACCGGUUUCGCAAAGAGGGGAUUGGGUGAGGGCGCGAAGUACAGUUCGAGUGCGAGGACAGAUAGCUUCGAUGUACCGGAUGGUGUGUGUUGA